AUGGAUAUCUCCGACAUGGCGAAGUACAAAGGAAACUUCACCCAUAUUCAUUUCGCCUUUGCCAAUAUCACAAAUGAUAUGAAAAUCGAUAUCGAAGAUGUCAAAUUCUCAUUCAAUGCCUUCGUGAGGUUGGGAGGUUUCAAACGCAUCAUCCUCUCUUUUGGUGGAUGGGCCUUUUCCACUGCAACCAAAAGGUUCCCUACUUUCCGUAACGGUGUCACAGACGCUCAACGGCAGAAGUUUGCCAACAAUGUCAUCAAUUUCCUGAAGCUGCACGACCUUGAUGGUCUAAACUUUGACUGGGGAUAUCCUGGAGCUCCGGAUCUUCCUGGCAUUCCACCGAGUAGCCCAGAGGAUGGAGCAAACAACGUCAAGUUCUUGAAAAAGGUCAAGAAGCAGCUACCAGCCGGCAAGAUACUAUUGGUCGCAAUGCCAGCUUCAUUUUGGUACCUCCGUGGAUUCCAUCCCAUCAGCGCUUUCGCAGAUGUUGUUGACUACUACUAA